UGACGUUAUGUUAUUAUUAUUCCAGGAAGCAGACUCGGGAAAGCCCUGAACUGCGUCAACUGCGUUUGUAUGUUAGAUUGGGAUGUUAGUCGAUGUAUAACAUGUCCACAAGCCACUGCUGAAUGAUUCAUGGCUUUGUUCCUGGAUGGGACCUUAUUGAGUAGAAACAUGGACACAUCAAACUUUGCCCACGUCAUCUUCCAGAAUGUGGGGAAGAGUUACCUACCCCACGCUGCACUGGAGUGUCACUAUACCCUGACGCAAUUCAUCAAACCACAUGCAAAAGACUGGGUUGGCAUAUUUAAGGUUGGUUGGAGCACAGCGAGGGAUUAUUACACAUUCUUGUGGUCGCCUCUCCCAGAGAACUACGUGGAAGGCACAGCAGUCAACAGAACUGUGGUCUUUCAGGGUUACUAUGUACCCAACGAUGAUGGUGAGUUCUACCAGUUUUGUUACGUGACCCACAAAGGAGAGAUCCGGGGUGCUAGCACCCCUUUCCAGUUCCGUGCAAGCAGCCCCUCAGAGGAUGAGCUGUUGACCGUGGAAGAUGAAUGCAACUCUGACAUCCUGGUAGUCACCACCAAGGCUGGCUUGCUUGAGCAAAAAGUGGAAGAAGUUCAAAGAGAGAAAGAUGAACUCCUCAAAAACAUGGCGCUUAUUCAGCAGGAGAAGGAGCAGCUGGAAGCAGAGAAAGAGAGUCUGCAGAAGGAGUUUGAGCAAGAGAAGGAGAACUGUGCCCAGCUGAGAAGAGAGAUCCAAGAUCUCCUGCUCUCCUCUCAGGCCCUUCAGGAGGAGAAGGAGGAAGUCAAGAGGAGACUGGAGGAGGCCACAGAUAGAAUUGUUCAGCUGGAGGAGGACCUGAUCGGCGUCACACAGAAAGGCCUUCAAAAGGAAACGGAGCUAGACAGUCUUAAAGAUCGAUUGAAGAAAGUUGCCGUAGAGAAAGAGGCUCUUGAAUCUCACCUGAAGAAUGAGAAAGAUGAGAAGGAACUCUAUAAGAUUCACCUGAAAAACCGGGAGCUGGAAAAUACUAAGUUGAGUGCAGAGCUGCAGAUGCUGAAGUCCGUGGACGUAAACAAGGAAAACACCAUUGCCCAGUUCAAAGAAGAGGUGGGACGUCUGCAGGCAUGCCUUACAGAGAAGGAAAAACAGUACAAGGAGGUUCUGGCCAAAGUUCACCCCCUGGGUGACAUGAAAGCCCUGAAGGAGCAGCUUCGCCAAAAAGAAGAGCAGCUCCAGGCCAACCAUCAGCAGUCUACUUUGCUGUCUGCCGAGCUGAGGGAUGCCUCCAGCGCACGAGACCGCACCAUGUCCGAACUGUACCACAUGAAGCUGGAGGCGGAUGCCCUCCGCCAGGCCAAGGCUGAAGCUCAGGCCCAGUGUGUCCGUCUGGAGCUUAUCGUCGAGCAGAUGAAGGCAGACGCCAAACAGGAAGCGGCCAAACCAGAGGAAGAAGCUGCCACAGACCCGGCUGUUGUAGCGGAGCUUCAGAGAGAGGUGGAGGACCUGAAGCUGCGGCUGCUCAUGGCUGCAGAGCACUAUAAGGAAAAAUACAAGGAAUGCCAGCGUCUGCAGAAACAAGUGCUUAAGUUGUCUGACCAGCAGGGGGAGGUGAAAAAAAGCACAGUCCCAGAAGCUGCAGCAGUCCCUGCAUCAGGGAGUCCAGAAACAUCAGUGCCAGGCAGCCCAGGUUCUGCUGAUCCCAUGUUGGAGGCCAUCAUCCAGGAGAAGCUGAAAGGCAUCAGCCGAGAGGCGUCGGACAGAAACGACAAAUACAGGAAAUGCAGGCAGAUGCUGAUGGAAGAAAAGGAGCGCAGCAGCAUGUUUGCCGACGAGCUGGCCAAGAUGGAGCUGAAACUGAAGGAGCAGCUAAAGACCAACGAGAAUCUAAAGCUGCAGCUGGCUGCCGCAGAGGACCGUUAUAAGAGUCAAGUAGCUGAGAAGGGUCGGGAGCUAAAGGAGCUGAGGGACGCGUUUGCACUUGUUAUGAAGGAGAAGGAAAAACUGGAGGGGGAGUUACAAAAGAGUAACAGCAAGAAGGGCGACCAAGGUGCCAGCGAGAAAUCCAGUGUGGAGAACCUCCAGACCAGUGUGCCUUUAAUUCUUCAAUACCCUGUCCCUUAUGCCCAGGAUAGCCCCACCCCCCUGCUGGUCUCUCAGAGCCCAAGCAAGCUACACUUUGGGAACCCUUACUCUAUCUCAGACUCAAAAGACGAGAUAGAGGAGGAGCUUUUAGAUGAUCAGCCUCUCAAGCUGCCCCCUGUGGGCCCACCAUCCUGGGACAGCAACGUGGUCUGCAUCCAACCCUCCCGCAACCUCAGCCGACCAGAAGGACACGAGGAGGCAGAGGAAAACAACAACGGUAACACCAAUGAACAGCCACUAGCAACAGAAACCCGGAGCUCAUAUGUGAGCGAUGGACAAACCCCCUUCUGCUUCGACUCCAGCAUGGACAUGAAACGUUGUCCGCUCUGCGAGGUUAUCUUCCCACCCAACUACGACCAGAGCAAGUUUGAGGAGCAUGUGGAGAGCCACUGGAAGAGCUGCCCAAUGUGCAGCGAGCAGUUCCCGCUAGACUGCGACCAAAAGGUGUUUGAGAACCACGUGCUCACUCAUUUUGAUGGCCACCAGCUCAACUUUGACUAAAGGAACUCAAAAUCAGCAAAUCGACUCUGCAGACUGAAAAAAAUCACUUUAACCUGUCUUCUGCAUGUAGUGGUGUACGGCUCCUCUCUGUAGAGCUAAUUUACCCUUUGCUUUCUGGAUUUUAUUUAGCGUGUUUGACAGGGCUUUUAAAUCAGUUGCAAAUCAAUAUUUUGGUUUAUAGUUUAAAUGUGUCCCUUCUUUGAGGGGUUGGAAAGACUUUGGCUGUCUAAUUCCAUUGAUUUUAAAAUUUCUUUCAUGGAUUUGUAACGCUGCUGGGUGGAAAAAGUCAGGGAC